AUGUCGGAUGAGAAAUCCACCCCCAUCGAGGUCGAGGCGCCCGAGGCCAGUAGCUCUGAAGAGCUGCCGCUAUGGACCGAAGCCGAGGAGACGGCCGUCAGGCACAAGCUUGAUUGGCAGAUUGUGCCCACCGUCACGGUUCUAUACUUGCUGUGCUUUCUCGACCGUGCCAACAUCGGAAACGCGCGAAUCCAAGGCAUGGACAAAGAGCUGGACCUCAGUGGCUAUCGCUUCAACUGGGCUCUCUCCAUCUUCUAUAUCGUCUAUCUGUGCUUUGAGGUUCCCAGCAACAUCGUUCUGAAAAGAGUCGGGCCGCGUUACUUCAUUCCUGGGCUCGUGGUUGGCUUUGGAUUUGUGUCAUUGUGUACCGCCUUCGUCAAGACAUUCGAGCAGUUAUGCGGACUGCGUGCUUUGCUUGGCGUCUUUGAGGGCGGUGCCAUGCCCGGUAUCGCCUUCUUCCUAAGUUCUUUUUACAAGCGAAAGGAGUUGUACUUCAGAGUCGGCAUAUACGUCUCAGCCGCGUCGAUGGCAGGAGCAUUCGGAGGACUCCUGGCAACCGUCCUGACCCGGAUUCCCGCGUGGGGCACGGCCGCGGCACCCAUCGCCGGCUGGCGCAACAUCUUUUUCUUCGAAGGCCUUAUCACCAUGAUCAUCGGCGUGCUGGCACCUAUCAUCCUGCCCCAGAGUCCCUCUACGUCGAAGCGCCUUAACGACCGCGAGAAGUGGAUCGCGGAGGAGCGGCUCCGGCUCGAGCACAAGUCCGACUCCAACGAGAACGUCAAGCCGAAGCACAUCAAGAGAGCCGUGUUCAACAUCAUGAACUACAUAUGCGCCGGCGGAUUCUUCAUGAUCAACAUCACCGUCCAGGGCAUGUCCGUCUUCAUGCCCACCGUACUAGCGGAUCUGGGCUGGACCGCGACAAAGGCGCAACUGUACAGCGUACCUCCCUACGUCCUUGCGUCGCUGGUUGCUAUUGCCAUCGCGUUCGUGAGCGACAAAACCAAAAUGCGUGGAAUAUACCUGGCUGCAUUCACAUUCCUAGGCAUUACAGGAUUUUCAAUCCUCAGAUGGAGUGACAGCGCCAAUCUCAAGUACAUGGGGAUUUACUUUGUCGCUAUUGGCGCGUUCCCAGGAGGCCCCGGUUUCCUAUCUUGGGGUCUCAACAACUCGGCCGGGCCGGCUGUGCGCGCCGUAUCGGGUGGUUACAUCGUCUCACUCGGAACUGCAGGCGGUAUCGUGGCAACUUGGGCGUACCUGGCCAAAGACGGACCUACCUACCCUAUCGGACAUUCCAUCAACCUGGGCGCUCAGUUCGCUGUCCUAUUCCUGUCACUGCUUGGCAUAGUAUACUGCAUGUGGGAGAAUCGGCUGAGGGCCAGAGGCGGCCGCGACUACAGGCUAGAGGGUUUAACCGAAGAGCAGAAGGCAGAUUUGGGAUACAGACACCCCGAGUUUAGGUAUAUUGCGUGA